GCACGCACGCACUCGCCUCCGACAGCGACCGCGCAACGUCCUUCUCCCGCGCCGCCCGGCCGGCCGGUCCCUGUUCCCUCUCCUCCCCUCGGAGCAGCAGGAGCAGGAGCAGCCGCGUUCGUCCUCUGCGCUGCGCGGCCCGCCGGCCUGACCAAGCAAAGCUUAUCGGCCGGAGCCGGACGAACGAACGAUGCAGCAGGACCUCAGAAACUCAGAGAGAAGAAACCCGGAACAGGCGCAUCCAGUGAUGUCGGCGAGCUCGACCAACUCCGCGGCUUCCCCGGCCGUGUCCGGCCUCGACUACGACGACACGGCGCUCACCCUCGCGCUCCCGGGCUCCUCCGCCGAGCCCGCCGCCGAUCGCAAGCGCGCCCACGCCGACCACGACAAGCCGCCAUCCCCAAAGGCGCGGGCCGUGGGCUGGCCGCCGGUCCGCGCGUACCGGCGCAACGCGCUGCGCGACGAGGCCAGGCUCGUGAAGGUGGCCGUGGACGGCGCGCCGUACCUGCGGAAGGUGGACCUCGCGGCGCACGACGGGUACGCGGCCCUGCUCCGCGCGCUCCACGGCAUGUUCGCCUCCUGCCUCGUUGCCGGAGCCGGAGCCGACGGGGCGGGGCGGAUCGACACCGCCGCCGAGUACAUGCCCACCUACGAGGACAAGGACGGCGACUGGAUGCUCGUCGGAGACGUCCCCUUCAAGAUGUUCGUGGACUCGUGCAAGAGGAUCCGCCUCAUGAAGAGCUCCGAGGCCGUCAACCUAUCUCCGAGGACAUCAUCCCGGCAGUGAUUGUUGUUGGUGUGGACGCCAUAUGCCCUACGCGGCUUAUCUCUCCGAAUUAGUUCACAGAGUGUGUGCUGGAAGAGGCUUGGCUGCUCAGGUCCUCCAUGCACACGUCAUACACCGUACGUAGGGUGAGGGUUCAGUCUGUUGCUGUGUGUUCUGUACAGGCCACACCACACACGCCCCCAUGGAAAACUUUUUCAGUUUCGAGUGCCCCUCCCUCUCGGCCGGACGGUUUGGUUUUUGGACGACGCCGGCGAGGAGGCGGCGCUAGCACACUAGUAGCUCCGUUUCCGUGUGUUCUUUCAUACUUGGCUUUGGUUUCCGUUUCAGUCUUCGGCCCUCGGUCGUCUUGUCUCGACUCUCGAGGGAUCCAUGUAUACACGAACAUGGUACAUGCUGUGUGCUGUUUCCAUUGUAUAAGGUCAAAGAAUACAAGUACGAUCUGUCUCUGUUCUUGUAGUUUCGGCGGCAGCCUGAUCGUCUGGUCGUUUGGCUUUAAUUUAUACCGACUUCUAUUGAUUAU